AUGCCAGGGUGGAUGGAGACUUGGGAAUCUGGCCCGAAGGAUUUCAUCCUGUCUGGCACUUCCACCAGCUCGGGAUUUGAGAGGGGAAACCGCUUUGGAACGUGCAGGGUGCGGGCUUGUAAGGCAUGGGUGUCAGUGGGACAGAUCAGCCAUCCCGAGGCCGGGGAGGGAGGUGUCUGGUGGGGCCAUGUCCAUGUGUGUCUUCCCCGGGCUCUGGCCGAGGGCCACUGCCUCCCUGGCCCCCAUCUUCCCCAUCUUCCCGCCCUGCCUCCCCAGGACGUGAAGAUCUUCCGGGCCCUGAUCCUGGGGGAGCUGGAGAAGGGGCAGAGCCAGUUCCAGGCCCUCUGCUUUGUCACCCGGCUGCACCACAAUGAGAUCAUCCCCAGCGAGGCCAUGGUCAAGCUUCGGCAGAAAAACCCCCGGGCCGUGCGGCAGGCCGAAGAGGUGCGGGGCCUGGAGCAGCUGUACAUGGACGUGGCCGUGAACUUCAGCCAGGGGGCGCUGCUGAGCCCCCAUCUCCACAACGUGUGUGCGGAGGCCGCCGAGGCCAUCUACACCCGCCAGGAGGAUGCGCGCUUCUGGCUGGAGCGAGGUGUGGAUAGCUCUGUGUUCGAGGCCCUGCCCAAGAUCUCGGAGCUGGAGCUGCCCCGCUGCGGGCAGGUGGGGGUCCGGGCACAGCCGUGCACCUGCCGCUACGGCCUGACUCUGGCCUGGUACCCCUGCUCGCUCAAGUACUGCCACAGCCGCCAGCGGCCUGCGCCCUACAAGUGUGGCAUCCGCAGCUGCCAGAAGAGCUACGGCUUCCACUUCUACGUCGCCCAGCGGCAGCUGUGCCUCUGGGACGAGGACCCCUAGCUGGACUGCGUGCGGGCUCCCGGGGGGUCGCUGGGGCCCCGCUGCUCCUCCACCAGCCCGCCUGGGGCGGCCCCCCGCGCCUGCAGCCAUGGCCCCCCAUCUUUGUGACUGUGAAGUGGUAAUGACAAGCAGGGGUUGUGAAGGCAGCCCCCCCGCCCCAUUACCCACCUUGUGCCAUCCUUGGGGACAGAGAGGGGCAGAGCUGCUCCCCAGACCUGCCCCUUCCCUCCCCUGAAGUGUCCACUUUGAAGCAAUGCAACUGUGACGACCCGGAAUUCUUCUCGAGCUCUGGGAGAUCCCCUCCCGCCCAUCCCACCCGGUGAGGGGCUGCUGGGGGCCCAGGCCCUGCCCCUGUGCCAGAGUACAGUGCAUUCUCCUUUCGGCCAUAAGCUAGAGCCGGGGAGACCGCCACCCCCCAAACAGACCACAUGUGCCUUUUCCCAAGCCAGGACUUCAUACACAACACAGCCCGCUCUUCCUCCCCCACCAGAAAGAUCGCUGUAUUCUGGGACAGGGAGGGAGAAUGAAGUAUAUAUCUAUAUAGCUAUAUAAACUUGAAUUCCAGAUUUUUUAAUACAAAGUAUUUAUCAUUUGUACCAGAAAUAAAAGUUUUUAAGUUUU